GAUGCAGCCACUGAGAAGGCUCCUGAAAUCUCGACGUGCGAGCGUUGUGGCCACGCAGAAGCGGAACAACCCGGCUGCAUCUUGGUUUGCAAGGGGUGCGAAGUGGAGUGCAACGAUUGACGAGAUUCCAGCGCCAAACAUCAUUGUUUGGACUGCUACAGCUGCCGUGUCUGUAUGAAGUGCAACAAAGCGCCUGCCAGCAGAAAGGAACACCAGAAUUCUUCCAAGAUGAGAAUCCAACGCCCUUUGUCGACGUAUCGGUACGGUACACAGCUGAAAGCCGGCCGGAUCACCGGUUCCUCGCUUACUAUCGCCCGCACAGCUGUGUGUGCUAUGUUUGGAUGGUUCUUUGUCCAGCGCUUAUCGCUGGUAACGAGCAUUUUAGUGGGAAAAAUGGAACAUUAAGGUGGAGCAUUUUAGUGGGGAAACAAAAGCAUAACGUACAAAGCCCUACGGGUAUCUUGAUCCUGCUUACGAGUGGAAUCUGGAAUCCAAGAAGUUCCCCUAGCAAAGAAUCGAAAUCGGGAAUCCAAGCUCCACUGAUCGACAAGAAAUUCGAAAUCCAGUACCGGGAAAUUGGAAUCCACAGCCUGAAAUCUAGAAUCCAAGGCUCCCUUUGAUUACCUUACAAGUACUGUACGUGGGGCGAUUUCUUUGACAUUUUCCCCUGGCCGCUAGACUUACUGUAAACUUUUAUUUUGCUGGAUUGUUACCAGGCUUAAUUCCAGUGUGAGGAAAAUUGCGGUGAAAUUUCCAAGGAUCUGCUGGAAUAUAUUUUGGUGGAAAGCAUGGAAAAGUGGUACAUGAUCAUGAUUUCCACUUGUACGUUCAAGUCAAAUUUGUGUUUUUCUUGGCGCGUAUCUCUGACCUGUUUGGGAAAUGAUUCUCAUUAGGGAAUGGCUUAGCCUGUUCCAGGCCCCUUUUCCCAAAUCACGCGCUCAUAUUUUCGCGUGCCUUUCACUUACGCGUCAUCCUCACUAUCAGAGUGCCUGGAAGAGGCUAGGAAUGGCUCAAAAGAUCACUCUCUGCGUAUGCAAAGCACAAAAGCGUUACUUAAACAUUAGAUUAAUCACAUCACAAGAGUUACAAGGGGAAUGGCUCCAUGGGGCCGGUAUCGGCUGGCAUGGUUUUUAAUGAGUUACAAUAACACAAUUUGAAGUGGCCGUAAAAAUUCUAAGUGUACGGAAUGAAAAUAACUUCAUCUGCUCCUUCAAGAAUACAGUAAAAACUCGCGUAUAAGAACCUAGAUUUUAAGAACCUGUUAGCCUAAGAUUGUCCAUUAUAAAGACCCCUUUUACAUAAGAACCUGUUUUAGGCUACAAUUUUGGAACAGGUUCUUAUUUUAACACUGAAUACACAAAUUUAAUAAAACAAGCUGAGUCCACCAGUUAGUAAAAUGAAACCUGGCAAUGAGACAAUUCACAUGCAGAUCUAUAUCCUUCAUAAAUGGAUUUUUAUAAUAUAUUAUGCAUGCAAUACCAAAAAUAGGCCCGAAAAGGGCCACACCCACCAAUGACAGACACCUUACUUAUUUUGAAAAAUAAGAACCUGUUUAAGAACCUGAGUUGCCUAAUUUUCUAGUUAGCACCAUUUUUAUAAGAACCUUCUUUGCCUAGCUUGGAAAAACUUAGGUUCUUAUACUUGGGUUCUUACUGUAUCUUAAGCCAGCAAUCCUUCAUCUACGUUUGUCUCUAUGUAAGCCUUUCUCGUGAGUGCAGCUGGUGAUAGAACUCAGCUUUUUAAAUAAGAAAAAAAAUUCCAACCUGAUUAAUUUCUGCAUUUUCUCCAAUUCUGUUUUCAGGUGGAGUUGGAACAAGCAUUGGAUCCAUUUAGAACAUGCAAGAUUGCCCGCCCUGACAACCCACUCAGGUAAAUCGUUCCAUUCUUUUACAAUUCUCACACAAAAUAAAUAUUUGUAAAAAUUACAACUAGACGCUUGAAACUUCAACUUGUAAUUAUGAUUACUUCUUAUUCAUUUUGACGCAAACUGGAAAAAGUCUUGAAAUUCUAGAUUACUUAAAGAAAAUAUACAUUUAUAACACUCGAUCAGAGAAAAAUAGUCUUCAAUUCUUUAAUGGUGACCACUUUAAAAUGGAACGACGUUCCUCGUAGUCCAUUUCGCCUCUCUUCUGGCCUAGAGCCAGUCUCAAAGCUCUCCUUUGGACUUUUUCUAGCGAACCGAUGUCCUUUACUAGGAAGGAGCACCACAAUGGGGCCGCAUACUCCAGUAUUGGCCUUACUAGAGACUUG